CAUGAAGCAAAUAUAAGCCAUCCUCAUGAAGUAAAUGUAAGACGUCCUCAUGAAGUAAAUGUAAGACGUCCUCGUGAAGUAAAUAUAAGACAUCCUCAUGAAGCAAAUAUAAGUCAUCCUCAUGAAGCAAAUGUAAGACGUCCUCAUGAAGUAAAUAUAAGUCAUCCUUAUGAAGCAAAUGUAGGUCACCACCAUAAAGCAUCCAAUGAAGCAAAUAAUAUCGACAUUAUGAAGGAAAUAUAUGUCCCGUGGUUUCAAAAGAAGUCAUAUGAAGCCAUUCAGAGUGAAAACUAUUUGCCCAUUUUACUGACUGGGAUUACCUGACAAUGGUUCUAUGUUUUAGAAAGGGC